AUAAAUAUAAAAAUAAAGAAAAAAAGAACGAUGGAACCAUUUCUGUUUCGCUUCCCUCGCGAGGAAAAGAGUCAUAUGGGGAAUAAAGCUUAGGCAAGGUUCCGCCUUCACAGGGAGAGAGCGGCAGACGGGGAGAGAGAGAUGGAUCAACAGCAAUUGCUCUUACAGCAGCAACAAGCUCAACAUCAACAACAACAAUUUCUCUUAUUACAACAAUUACAGAAGCAAGCGCAACAGGCACAACAGCAGCAGCAACAACAACAACAAGCGGCGGCCAUUUCCCGAUUUCCUUCCAAUAUCGACGCCCACCUCCGUCCUCCUGGCCUCCAUCGCCCUCUCAAUCUUCAGCAGCAAAACCCUAACCCUAAUUCUAACCCCAAUUUGCAGCAGCAAGGAUCUAGUUUGCCCCAAAAUGCGCCGCAAGCUCAGCAUUCUCAGCAGCAGCAACAGCAACAGCAACAGCAGCAGCAGCAGCAGCAACAGAAGGGGAUCCGGCCACCAUUGAACCAGGUGGAGCUCCAGAUGGCUUACCAGGAUGCUUGGCGGGUUUGCCACCCAGAUGUGAAGAGGCCAUUUUCUUCGCUUGAGGAUGCCUGUGAAAGAUUACUACCUUAUCAUGUAGUAGCGGACUAUGAAGCAGAGGAGGAUGAUAGAAUCCUCGAUUCUGACACAACAGGUCAGAUGCCAUCUCGUUCUCAGCAGUGGGAUUUCAAUAUUGCUGCCAAAGUUGCAGAAUUCACAGGCACAUUUGAGAAACAGGCGCUAGCUUUCAACAUAAUAACUCGCAAGCGGGCUUUGGGGGAAUUCCGUUCUGAGGAAAGAUUGAUGAUGGAGCAGAUUCUCCUACAGGAAGAGAAGCGGCUUCUGUUGGAGCUGAAGACAGAAAUGGAUGCCCGGGAGAAAGCUGGUCGGGAAGCUCAGAUGAGAAUGGCAGCCAUGGUUCAGGCAGAGCAAGCUCGUGCAGAAUCACAUGUUCAUGCUGAAAUGAUGGCUCGAGCCCCAAUAAGGGCAAGUGCCCUUGGAUCAAGGGGUAACAAUGUUUCAAUUGGUCAUGACAUGGGAGAGCAGGAACAUGGCGUAAACACUGACCAGAUGAUGAAUGGCUGGGGAAACAAUGCACAGAGAGAUGAGAAGGAGCCAUCAGAAGAUUUCUUGAAUGAUGAGGAGACUGAAAAUGGAGACACUGGUGCGCAGGGUGAAUGGCGAGAAGUUGGGGAAUUUGAUCUGAAUUCAAGAUGAGUCUUAGGAAUAUUUAUCAAGGAGAAAAAAAAUCUCUACGGAAUGGGAGAAUUGAGUUCAGAUGCUGACCUUCUCUCUAGGGAAAGGAUGAAGGACAAAAUAAAAGGAGACUGUAAUAUAUUGCAGUAAUUUCUGUAGGAUGGUAAGUGCAGCAGCAGAUCCAUAGAAUUAUCUUAUGUAGGAGGAAGACUUGGAAGUUCCUUCUGUACAUUUACCAGUUUCUCAAAACUGGGUUUGUCCAGCUAAUUUUAAUAUCAUGCACAAGUAGUUCCAGAUGACUGGCCUGCCUUUCAUCCUUA